AUGAGUGACAGAGAUAGUCAAUACGUGCCAUUAGAUUCAUUACGAAUUCGAAAGAUUCUUACCUCACACAAUGACACAUGUGUAGAUGUACUGCUGUCAUUGACUGGAAAGUUAGCUCUCACAAAGAAACUUAUUUCUAAGAUGACAAAACCUUGCCGGGUGGCACACCAUCUUCAUAACCUUUGGUUUACAGGAAACACGGACAACAUGCACAAUAAGAAUUGUGGUUAUUUAUACAAUACAUAUUUUGGAUAUGUUGCCUGUACACACAAAUACAUGUUUAUAUGUGAAAAACCAGCCAGCAUGGUGAACGUUGCAAAUGCACUAAUGGAUAAAGCUCCAAAGAAAAGAGGGGCCAGCGGUGCCACCAGAAAAGAGGUGGCGCAGCAGCAGCAGCAGCAGGAACCAUAUGAUGAGACAGAGCAGGAGACUCACCAGACCACAGAAACCCAGUACAUGAGCACUGUCUGUGAGUUCUGUGUGGUCGUUGAAAUAAAUGAUAGUAUCCAGCCGUGUCGUUAUGACUUUGCUACCAUAUUCGAGGUGCGCCUGGUCCAGGGUUCCAUUCGGAAGAAAGUGCUGGAGGCUCUCAAGGAUCUCAUCAACGAGGCCUUCUGGGACAUCAGCUCAAGUGGUGUGAACCUGCAGAGCAUGGAUUCGUCUCACUUCUCCCUGGUGCAACUCACUCUGCGCUCCGAGUUCUUAGAUACCUACCGCUGCGACCGCAAUCUGGCCAUCAGCGUGAACUUCACCAGCAUGUCCAAGAUACUAAAGUGUGCUGCCAAUGAAGACAUCAUCACACUGAGGGCAGAAGAUAAUGCAGACUCAUUGGCACUAAUAUUUGGAGCACCAAACCAAGAAAACGUUUCAGACUAUGAAAUGAAGUUGAUGGAUUCCGAUGUUGAACAACUUGGAAUUCCAGAGCAGGAGUAUAGCUGAGUAGUUAAGAUGCGUUCUGGUGAAUUCGCACGUAUCUGCCGUGAUCUCAGUCAUAUUGGAGAUGCUGUUGUCAUUUUCUGUGCGAAAGAUGGAAUGAAAUUUUCUGCAAGUGGAGAACUCAGAAAUGAGAAUAUUAAGUUGUCAUAAACAAGUAACAUUGAUAAAGAGGAGGAAGCUAUAACCAUAGAGAUGAAUGAGCUCAUUCAGCUAACUUUUGCACUUAGAUACCUGAACUUCUUUACAAAACCCACUCCACUCUCUUCUACAGCAACACUGAGUAUGUCUGCAGAUGUACCCUUUGUUGUAGAAUGCAAAAUUGUUGAUAUGGGAGACUUAAAGUACUAUUUGGCUCCCAAGAUUGAGGAUGAAGAUCUUAGACCCACUUAA